GGUGGGACCACAUAUCCCAUUCCACCGAAGCAACCACGACUUCUGGUUAGGUCUAUGAAUAAGGAUUUCCUGUUGGAUUGCUGAGUCGCGUUAUUUUAGACAAAGCUUGCAAAAUCAUCUUUUCCGAGAGAUCUGAUGUCUUAAAUAGUUUAUAACUGUAGUGUGCGGUCUUAACGGAGUUGUAUCCGCAAGAAACGUUAGCUUUCAAGACAUUCUUUAAGUAGCCAGCUAACCUAACUUAGCUAUCGUUAGUCUGUCAAAAAUGUCAGAGCCGACGGUCGCAGAUACUCGCCGGUUAAACUCAAAACCUCAGGAUCUUACGGACGCCUAUGGUCCACCCAGUAACUUUCUUGAAAUCGACGUUUAUGAUCCUCAAACCGUUGGUGUUGGACGAAACCGUUUUACCACGUACGAGGUCCGAAUGAAGACAAACCUCCCAAUUUUUAAGAUGAAGGAGUCAUCUGUGCGAAGACGAUACAGUGACUUCGAGUGGCUGAAAAAUGAACUCGAACGAGACAGUAAGAUUGUUGUGCCUCCCUUGCCAGGGAAAGCCUUGAAGAGACAGCUACCCUUCCGUGGAGAUGAGGGUAUAUUUGAAGAGUCCUUCAUUGAGGAGCGAAGAGUUGGCCUUGAGCAGUUCAUCAACAGAAUUGCAGGGCACCCCCUGGCCCAGAACGAGCGCUGCCUACAUAUGUUUCUUCAGGAUGAGGCUAUUGACAGGAACUACAUCCCAGGAAAAGUAGGAAAUUAACUGUGUAUUUCAUUCAUUUAUUUAUUUUCUUUGUUUGUUUUUGUCCAUUUCUGCCCCUUUUUUCGGGAACAACUGAUCUGUCCAUAUCUGCAAGUCUGUCUGCUGUGUUGUGCAGUCAGUUCGUACUGCACUGCAGGACUUUAACAUUUUUGACACUUUUUGUGUCCAUUCUGGGUAUCCUUGAUUAACCCUUGCCCUGCCACAGUAAGCCAGUUCAUGUUUUUUUACGAGCACACAGAAUUGGUUAGGUGACCUUGGUCAGGCUACCGGUCUGAGAUUAUUGGCUCUCUGUUAAUGAAUGCGGAAACUCAAGCUAGUCACCUCUGUAACCUGCUGUAGGAUGAAGGAAGCCAAGUUACAAAUGCAUGCAAAUGUUACUACACAUCAGAGUUUUCUUUCUUAUGAAUUACUACUUCAUUUUUGGGGGGUGCAAAGUGAUUCGGUUUCGGUACAUGAGAUGGUUUCUGUUACAGACAGUGAUCUCAAAGAGAAAAAAAUAAAUGUUGUAUUUCUUUCUCUUUCUUCAUGUGAACAUGAAUGAUAAUAUACCAUUUAUUAUAGGCUAGUUUAUGCUUUUUUGUCCGCACAGCCUCAGUGUUGAGGUCUCCUUUACCUUGACACAGGUAACUGAGUGUGACGAUAUAAUAUUCUAGCAUAGAACCGAGCUAUAUAAGCCAUCUCUCUGACUCAUACCAAUAUAUUUCCAACCCUUAUAUUUCCCUUGAGGAAGCACAGACAUAUUUUCCAACCUUUUUCAGAUUUUGUACACAAAUGCUGCCCCCGCCAUCUAUGGAGCCAGCUACUAUUCCGCCCAGAAAUGUACCCUCCUGCUGACUUAACGUCCACAGCAGUGCACACUGCUCUGUUAUGUAAUUGGCUUAUUCCCUGUUGAGUCACUGCAGAAGCUCAGUGUUGAUGUGACUGAUGGAGGGUUUUUUUCUCCAGAAGGUGGAUGGCUUAAUCAAGCCUGUUUUAAUCCUCACACAUAUGUUUCAAAGCCAAGACAUGACUCGACUGAGAUAUGAACUGUUUUAUUUUUUCCAUCUCACUAUAGAAAUAUGUGCCAAGUUUAAAUGAGUGUUCGGCAACUGCCUAACACUUUUGGAGAUGCUCAUUUCUAAAUCAUGUUUUGAUUUAUUUAAGCCAUUUGUUUUGCUCUCCUCCGGGGUCAGUGAGAUUGUGCCUCACUCAUCUACUGGUAAAAUAAAUUGACAAUGUAUCAUAAAAUGUGCACUGUUGAGAUGAAGAGCAACAAGCGUCUGACACCAUGACUUUGUGUAUUUUGUCUCCUUCUCUUAGGUAUGAAAUGAAGUAAGUUUAUUUUCCUUACCAUUUGUCUCUCUCAUAAAAGUCUUAACCGCAUUCUUAAGAGGUGGGUGGGAUGGGAUGGUCUGAUCCAGGUCCUUGCAUGUCUUCUGAAAUCUUCAUUAGUACAACAGAACUGCUGGGCACUUAAUAUAUAUCACAUCUUCACUGUCCACCGCAGUGUCCACUCACCUGUCACGGUUGCCACAUUUUGUAACCAUUCCUCCCCAUCCCCCACCAACCUCCUUGCUUAAAAGGAUCACUAAUAAUACAUGCCAUGGUGAAUGUGCCAGGUUGCAUGAUGAGACUGCACGCUUUUAGUUCCACUUUUACAUCAGUCACUCGCCACUCACACCAGCAGUGUGUGUGUUUCUUCUCUUCAUGCUAACUCUUCACUUGCAUCUUCCUAUGUAUAUUGUGUUCUCUAAGGUGGCACUUUUAUAGUAUAGUAGGCUGGGCAGCAGAUUGUCUGGUUUGAGUCUGCGUUUUCACUCAUCUACUAUUUGUGUCUUUACAUCACUGCUGUCUGUCCCCGUACUAUUUUACAGAAGUGCUACCUUGCGAUGUACAGAAAACACUGGUUUCCUAAAUAUGGAUUAAGCCUAGUCCUAGACUGAAAGUCAUCUCCAUGGACAAAUGCUUUUAGUCAUAGACUAGGCUUAAUCCAUGUAUAGGAAAAAAAGGGAAGUGCAAGUAAAGGGAGAAAUCCGUUGAGGAAAGGGAUGCUGUCCCUUUUGUCAAAGUCUACCCUGUCUCUGUCUGGCUGUUGUCCAAAAAUCUUUUUAUUUAAAUACUAUUUUACAAGAUCAUCAAAUCUCAUUUUACAUUAUUUGAUUGUCAAACAAAGCACUUAUCCCUGAUCGUGAAACUACCCAUUUAGUGUGCCACCGAUACCCAAAGAUUGUAGCUAAAGGCAAUCGCAAUACAGCAGUGUUUUAUGUGCAAUGAAUUGUAUUAACCGACUAGUGGAAUGGAAUAGGCUACAUUUGAGAUGUGUUCCUUUGGUCGGGCUUGUAAGCAUCUGUUCAUUUUCCGUCGUCGAUAGCUUAGAUCUGGCGAACUUGUGAUUACCGAAGAUACUGCAUGCAGAUCAACUAGCUUGCACUUUUUUCUUCCCUGUUGUUGGGGAAGCAAGAGCGUCCAUCUUAUUGUCCUUUUAGAUGGGUUAGUGCGCAGUAACAGUUUGCAGUUGAUCUUUAGGAUUGAGACAGUUACUACCGGUAGUUUCAUUAUUACGGUUCUUAGGUUCUUCCGAUGACUUUAUCUCUCGGUAAGAUUUUCAGCAGUGGUAUAAAGUGGACGUAGGCAUGUUGCAUGUUGAAUUACAUUUGAGAUUUGAGCAAAUUGAACAAGUUAAAUUAUCACGAAUGUCAGAUUGAUCUCAGAUUAUCUAAAAAGUCAAGGUUAGUGCAGAAUAGGCAAUUCAAACUAUGUAGAUGUCACAGAAAAUAGCAUUUCACCUCAUUUUUGUUACUACAUAGACAUAGCAACCAAACUAUGUCUUUGCUAUUGUUGCAAUUGCUGAAUUAAAUUAACCAAAUACAAAUUCAGCAAUUGCACCUGCAAGCAAAAUCUCUCUCUUUCUUGUCUUAGAUCUUGCAUGGUUGUGUGUGUGUGUGUAGUGGGCUAGAAGAAUAUUACGGUGUUGAAGCAGCUCUGUUUCUGUGUGGUAUUGAUGUGCUUGGUACAGUACGGUGUGUUUCUGUUGUCCCUGACAUCUCUGCCCCCUCCCUACAGACGCCAGAGAGGAAGAGAGGUCUGGUGGCACCCCCACACCGUCCCUCGUGAUCCCCCGCUCUGCCAUCACCACAGGCCCGGGAAGCACACACGCUCACACACACACACACACACACACACACACACACAUAAGCAUACACAUACACACACCUCUGGCUUAUUUCAUAAAGGCCCAGCUUUCGCUGAUUACCCUACCAGCAUUCUCUAUUCUGUACAUACCGUUGUCCUCCUCUUGAGCAAGACGGCACCAGUGCACUGUGUGUGUGUGUAUGUAUGUGUAUGUGUGUGUGUGUGUGUGUGUGUGUAAGAGAGAGUGAGUGAAAGGGAACCCAGAACACUUCUGGAAGUAAAAAAAACUGGUGCACUGCUGCUUCAAAAUGGCCAAGAAAAGAAUUGAAAGCGUUUGCUUGAUCGCUGGGGAACAUUAGGAUGGAAUAUGACUGCUGCUUGGCCCAUCUCCUCCCUGAAUUCUUUUGUUUUCACUUCAGCCAUCAAAGGUUAAGUGUCAGUUACCACAAUCAUGGCAGUGGGUCAUGUUUUUUUAGCAUACAUCAAUCAGUCUGGGGCAUGUGACAUUAUAAUACACAUUUCCCCUUCUGAUCUCCACUUUCCAAAUGCUCCCCUCACCCCCACUCCCACAAGCAAACUAAAAGAAACUUCAGCCACUACUAUUGAUGCAACUUGAAAUUCUCGUACAGAAAACAAGUUUGUUGCAUCACAGUUUUUGUUAUACUGAAAUGAACACUUUCCCCAUUUGUGUCUGUCUGCUUUCACACAGAGUGAUGUUUCAUUCAGUAAAAACAAAUAUCAUUUCUUCACCUCAACAGUGAUUUUACGGUGUGUUCCGGUUGCAUCUCUAAAUGAUCUGGGUAUUUUGUCAUUCCAUUGGCAUUAAUGCUUAUCUUGCUGUCUAUGGAGCAUUUUUAUUUGUACAUUCCUAUACUCUUGCCGCUGUCAUUAAUAAUUCCCCAACACCAUUUAUACACCAUGACAGAAUGUAGCAAUGGAGGGUGAGAGGUUUGAAGACCCCACUAAAAUGGACAAUGUCUUCCUGUAAGCCAACAUUCCAUGUAUUAUCUGCAAGCAACCUCCUCUUUAUGUUUUAUACCAAGGCUAGCCAUGAUAUGUUUGUCCUUUUUUCUUACUUUCUUUUUUUUUUUUUUUUUUUUUAAGCAUCUAAUGUGUGCGUCUUUGACAUCCCAGCUUUUGUAAGUGCUGUCCAGAAUGUAUGGUUAUCUUACAUGCUUUCAUGCUGUAUAAAAUCACUGUGAAUAGAAUAUCCACUGUAUUCAAAAAAGUAAAAGUAAAAAAAAAAAAACAGCUUGUAUCUGUUGGGCCUGUUUGUUUAAAUUUGGUUAAUUUCUCCAUCUUCAUGGCUGUAUACUCUGAAUUAUACAGGUGAACUUUUUAUUUUCAUACAAAUCGCCUUGUGGUUUCUAUCCAUCAUUAAAGUUGCCUCUGCCUGCUUACCCAA